AGUAUUGCUCUCCUAUGUCUGCUGUUGUCACUGGUUGCCUCAUCGGGACGUUCCCUCUUGAUAAUAGCCCUCAGCUACUGCGGUAUCACACUGAUCAUGUCCCAAGGCCGAUACCGUAUAGUGACUUCAAUAAAGUGGUGGCCUCUGCGACGACCCUUUCUGAUGAGAGGAUGGUAGGGGAGGGCGAAGAAGGAGCUUCUAGUGAAAACUCUGGGAUUGAAAUCAUGGUCGACGGUCUCGGCAAGGCUCUAGUGAAAGAAGCAGACUUCUAUUCGGGCAGAUUGAGUUCUGUGAAGUUGUCGGUGUCAGCAAGCAUGAUACCAUCACAGGUCGCCUCGAAGGGUAUCCUACGACGAACUGCGAUGAAGAUGCUUCUAUUGAGGUAUCUCGAUCACCCUACUGCGCCUGCUAUCACCAUUGGUCUAUUGCCGUCAUCAGUAUCACCAUCAUCAUGUUACGUUGGGGAAGGAGGAGCUUUGCUGACGUCCAGACUGUCUCAAAUCGAGUUGCUUUCUAUUGGCAUUAAAGCUGGUGAGAAGUUGACAGGCGAAGUUACUCACGUAUCGGGCACUAGUAUUGGAGUAACGGUUCUCGGAACUUGGCCGGCUACUAUUCCCAGCAGUAAUAUGUUGUCGGAUUGGACAUAUGAUGAGGGGGAGGCUGCGUGGAAACGUCAGAAGUCGAACUCUUGUGCUGGUGCUAUCGUUAAGAAAGGUACGCAUGUUACCUUCUUUGUUGACUCGGUGGUUACUGGGAGUAGUAGUAUUGCGACUAAUGCGAAUGAUUAUGCUGAUGAUACUUAUUAUUGGGAAAACUCACAGAAGGAGGACAAUAGGGAAUGUUAUGGCGUUGGUGGUGUUGAUGAAGAUGAUGUUGAAUCAACUUUUACGAGAAAAUGGGCUGCCGCUACUAAAACCAUCGAGAGCGAUCUCAACAACUCAUCAUUUAGAAGCUUAGUAACUCCGAAAGAAGUAAGGGAGAACACAGCAGUGAUAUCGGCUGAAAGCACAUUUACCAUAAUCGGGGCUUUGCUGGAGCCGACUGGUGCUAUGAGGGGAUCUACUAAGAGGAAGACUGCUGAGCCCGAGAAGGUGGAAGGAGAUGUUGUUGAGGAGAAGAGAGUAACAAAGAAGAAGAAGCAUCAUCACAAGGAGGCCGACAGAGACGAGGAGGCUAACGAAUCUACCAAAGUUGAAAAGAAGCAUAAGAAGCAUCGUAAACUGAGUCACUGAUAAUAGAGAGUUUACUUCAUUGAC